AUCCAGUUGAAUUCCAGACCCUUCAGCCACAAACCUAAAGUCCUAUUUACCCUAUCUAGCGCGCCAUCGGGCAAACGAUUGGCGUUUCGUCUCGCUUCUUGGCUUCGCCUUAUCAUCAAGCAGAUUAGGCUGUUGGCAACAACAUUAAUCGUAAAGCGUCCAUUCCCAAGCAGCCAUCUAGCAUGGAUCAACCUGUCCACUACCAACCCAUCAUGCCUCUCUCCGUACACUUACUCGUCUAGGCCACUAUAUUGCUUUGUAAUCCUACCACUUUCUUUCCUUGACGCCAAUUUUGGCAACACGGACACACACACCCCCGGGGGGGACCCAUGGCACGUCUCGGACGCCAGUCAGCUGAGCGGCUUGCCCUGUGGUACCCCAUUGCCGCGGAUCUCGUCUUGUUUGUCGCCAACGUGUCACACAGGCUGUCUGUCAAAAAGAAAAGAAGAAAAACUUGCCGCCGGACGGACCUUGUGAGCCAAAGGAGACGGCAGUCCGUCUCCGUUUCUCCUCCCACCCUUUUAAUGCAUCUGGAGCUUGCUACUCCGUACUUGCUACUGGCAUCUGCUGUUAGUUAGCAGCUCUUUGUCGGGGGAACGAUUGUAGCUUUUGUCAUACGGCCUCGCCGCUGCAUCAGCUUUCUAGGCAUCGGAUAUCCA